AUUAAACUAACUCACCUGACCUUUGUUCUUUGAAACAAAAGUGAAACACUUAAUUGUGUCUAAAAAUAAGCCAUUGACAUUGUAUAUCAUUGGAAAUUUCCAAAAGACACAGACAUCUCUUGAUCCAGUUAGACAUGCAGAUACUUGAAUUGACAGAUGGAAGAUCAAGAACUAACAAAGCUAUGGUUGUCUCACAGAGAAAAGUAUAUUUUGGUCAUUAAGGACAUCCCUCUGAAAGUUACUGAUGAAACGCUACGCAAUUACAUAGAAGUAAUUUCCAAAGUGGAUGUUGAUCAUCUUUAUUUCCAUUUGCCAACAAAUGGCGAAAAAGUCCGACAAGUGGCUCUUAUGUACCUUAAAGAAAAGAUCACAGAUAUCAGACCUGUUCAAGAGAACACCACCAAGAAAUCACUAGAAAAACAAGUGGUCCAUAUAGAGUUACUGAAUAAUCCUAGUGGUAUUAUUGUAUUUGAUAUACCAAGGGAGGCUACUCAGGAUGAGUUAGAGCUAUAUUUUGAGCGUCCUCAAGUUGCUGGUUUGGGGGCAGAAGUAGUACGCUGUACAAGGCACGAGAAAGUGCAGAUAGCAGUGUUAUUUUAUAAGUCUUUGGAUUCAGCUCUUCAAAACGUAUUCAAAAGUCCACACAAAAUAAGAGGCACAGUUUUGACAGUUGAACCAUACUACCAUGAAUUUCACAGAGAAGUAAUAGAGGCACUGAAGGAAAUGGAAUCAAAUGGUCUGUAUUUGACUAUGAUAGACAGAAAAUAUGAAAAUGAGUCUGUCAGAAAAGAUGAAGAAAAAGUUGAAAAAAGGAAGGAUAAUGUAGGAAUUAGAACAAGUAACAGUUCCAUAAGAAUUUUGUCAGCAGACAUGACAGACUAUGAAGAUGGUGAAGGUUAUCAAAUUCCAGUGGCCUCUGGAGGAGGUGAUGAAAGGAAAUAUUUUGAAAAACUGAAACAAAAAAAGUUCACAGAAACUACACGAUCAGAGCAUAUCUAUUCAGAAAUAAGUGAUGAUAAUUUGCCUCCUGUUCCAGCAACCCCUCGACCAUCGGUAAAAAGGUCCGAGAAUGCAAAUGAAUACAAAGAAAAAAUAAAUAUGGACAAGGGCAAAAUAAUAUUGUUAAAAAUCAGAGGAUUUAGCAAAGAAUGCCCGGCAUGCAAAAUAGACUUGAAUUCUGUUGAUGAUGAAAUUACUUUUAUUGGUUCACAAGACACAGUGAUGGCUGCAAAAUUAUUCAUGUAUGAAUGUUUAGAGGAAGCUGUUGAAGAGACAAAAUAUGUUUCAAAAGGUUUUGCUGCCAUUUUAAAGGAAAAAUCAUCUUGGAUAAAAGACACACUAAAGAAAGAGAAAAUUCAUGCUUACUGUACUUUAAAGGAUGGCAACUUGCUCUGCUGUCAAGCAUUUUCUAAACCUUUGGCAGAGAAAGGGAUUAAGACAAUCAUGUCAAACUUAGAAAAGGUUGAACUUCCUUACAAUGAGGGACAUUUUAAAUAUGUGAACUCAAAAGAGUGGAAUGAUUUAGUUACAAAAGUUAAAAAUCAUUAUAAAGUUGAAGUUGAAAUGAUUAAGGAUAAGAAACUUAUUGUAGUCACUGGCAAAAAAAGUGAUUUUCAGCCUGCUAAAGAUUUGAUAAAAAAAGAAUUGAAUAAACAUACAGAAGCCAAAUCAGAGAAGAUUGAAAUAAAGGGAAGUAAAUCUGUGUGUUUUGAUCAUGGAAUGAAGGACAAAUUAGAAAAAAUAAAGUCUGAUAUAAGUAAAAGAAAUGGUAGUCUUCAGUACAAGCAUGAUAAUCGCAAGCGGACAACAGUUAUUGAACUGAAGGGAGAUUCUGCUAUUGUGGAAGAUAAAAAAGCAGAGAUUUCACAGUUGGUAACUUCAAUUUGGCAAGGUCCAGUUGAUCUUCAAAAGAUAAGUAACAAAGACAAUGAUGUUGCCGUAAUGACCAGAUCUUUGGACUCGGGUAGUGGGAGAAAAUUUUUGUCAACUUUUGAAGAGAAACACAAAUGUGGAUUUGAAAUAGAGAGGAAGAAAGAAACACAUGAUUUACAUCCCGUUAAAUCUUUGCCAGCAGAUCACAAAGCUGAGAAACCUGAAUUACAUAGAAGAAACACUUCUCCAGAUUUUGGACGUGGUGCAAGACCUAAACAAUAUUCUCCACAGCAAGGUGGUCAUGGCAACUUUAGUAGUUAUCACAUGGAUCAGCUGGAAAUAAUUCUCAAAGAAGGAAAUAUUGUUCAUGAAAGAUCUAGUGUUCUUGUGAAUGUUGUGGCAGCAGGAUACAAUAAUUUUAAUAAGAGUAGAAUAACACAGAGUUUUAUGAAAAAAUGUGGUCCAGAGUUUGAACAGAAAUAUAUUCAAGCAAGAAAUGGACAAGAAACCACUGAUACCAGUAGUAUUACAUUCACUCAAAAGUCAGGUGGUCUAGCUUGCAGAGAAGUCUGCCAUCUUGAAAUACCAAAAUGGACUGGUGACAAAUCGAUUUUGCAUAAAGCAGUAAGAGAUUGUUUGAGGCAGUGUAGCAUUAGAAACCACGAUUGUGUUGCCUUUUCUGCUGUAGGAACUGGACAGCUUCUUAAAUAUCCUGUUCAUGAAGUUGUAAAUUGUCUUGUUUCUGAGGCCAAGGUCACAGCUCAGAGAUCAAAAUGUAUUAAGAAAAUUAAGUUUGUAAUUUUUGAUUCUGCAACUGUUGGUGAAUUCAAAAAAAGGUUAGAAAGUAUGUCAGGAACUGUUAUAUAUGAUCGACAUAGACAUGACAGCUCACCAUCAGAUGGUAAAGAGGCUUUUGAAUCUAAAGAUGGAGCAGAUAAACACAAAGUGACUGUACAAGCCAUUUCAGUUGAGUUGUAUGCUGUUUCAAAAGUAGAGGGAGAAAAGAUACGCAAAACUCUAUCUACAGAAAUAAAAGAUACAUUCUUGUAUGAGGAUAGUGUUAAGAAUGAUAAGAUAAAGUCAUUGUCCAGCAAUACAUGGAAAAAAAUGAUUUCAGCUGCUAAGAAAGACCAUGUCUGGAUUGAAAAAGACCGUGACAGACUUACAAUUAAAGGUGAGAAGGAUGGUGUAAGUGGAACCAAAACUGAAAUAUUGCAAAUUUUGCUGGAUGAUAAAACAGACAGUCCUUCAGGAAGAAACAGUAAUCAUCAAAAUGAUCAUAAGGCAGGAGGACCUCAUGAUUAUUGGUAUUCAAAAUGCGAUGAUGCUAACGUACCCCCAUAUUGGAAAAAUUUCCAAGGUAAUCUACGACAAGCUGCGGAAAAUGUUAAGGGUUUUUUUACAGGUGACAAAGCAAAAAAAGUCUCUCUAGGAAGUGAAGAUCACAUGUUUAAGAACAUUGUUCAACUUGUUAUGAAGACCUGGGAUGCAACUAAAGCUGGACAUGGGGCUGAUGCUAAAAAUCUAAAUCAUUCUAGUAUCAAAGUUACAAAGAUUGAAAGAAUUGAAAACUAUGGACUGUUUGACAAAUAUCUUACAACAAAAAAGAAAUUUUAUAGACAACUUGCUCAUGGAAAGAAAUUUACUUCUCUUGAACAUGUAUCUCAUGGAGGGAAACAAUUAUCUAACGGACCAAUUAAAACAGCUCAUCGUUCCAUGACAUCUGAUCUAGACUUAGCUUCUCAUGCAAAUGAAUGUUAUUUUUUCCAUGGAACUUCUGAUAAGGUUGUUGACAAUAUUAUAAACAAAGGACUGGAUGACAGACUAGGAGGAGAUAAAGCUAUGUUUGGACGUGGAAUUUAUGCUGCUGAAUCAUCAACUAAGGCUGAUCAGUAUGCAGAUAAUCCUUCAAACAGGCAAUCUAAAGAUAGAAAAAUGUUACUGAUGAGACUUUUGCUUGGAGAUAUGUAUGUCACAGGUAAGCCUGAGAAGUUCGUAACACCACCAUGUGCAAAUUGUCUGAAACCAGACUGUGUAAAAAGCCAUCAUACUCCAUUUGAUUCAGUAGUGGCUGAUGGAAAAUGGUUGUUCAGAGAAUUUAUAGUUUACAGAAGUGAACAAUGUUAUCCAGAAUAUCUUAUAACUUAUGACAGAGUGACAUAAUAAUGUGUUUUAAUACUGUGAUAGGUAUCAGUUUUGAAGUCCUUAUAUUUAAUAGUUAUGACCAAAAAUUCAAAAGUUUUGCUGGACAUGAAUUUUAGGCAAUUAGACAUCCAAAUCAGUUUAAAAAGGGGUAGGUUCGGUAAGGGCCUUUUUUUGCUUCCUAUUUUAAGAGGAAUAAACAUUUGAGAAGGUGAAAUUUGAAUGAUUCCGGUUGAACUUUUUAAAUAAAAGUUUGCAUUUACAACCCAAAUAGGCCAAUAAUAGAGAAUUAGUAAAAAUUUGACAAAAUCUCCAGGAUUUCAUCUAAAUUUAGGCCUAGGAAAGAUAGAGUGCAUGGUUUGACACACUUAUUAUUCAAGUCAGAUAUGUUAUUUAUUUCAAAAAAAAACAAUGUAACAAGAUUUUUUUGCACAUGUGCUACAUGUUUCCAGUCCUAAAAACCAAUGGAAAUUGGCCCCGUUUUCAUUUGAAUUGUGGAAGUGAGGCUAAUUGUGACCUUGAAAAAAGAACAAUGAUACAUAAAUAAGAAAAAAUAAUCACAUUUUCUAUCUAGUCAUUGUUUAAACUAUAUUUCAUUGUGAUAAUUAGCCAUUAAAAAAGAAAUUGAAAUUUUAGCAAAAAUAGAGGGGCCAUUUUGAAGCCUUAUCAAUCUUACUCUUUUGUGCCAUAUAUUUCAAUCAUUCACAGCAACAAUGACUGUUGAGACACAGGGUUCUGCAGAACUCUUUACAAAUUUCUUAUUGUUGUAUCAAACAUUUAAGUUAUUCUCCAUUGGUGCCAUAAAUUUGUAUACAUUCCUUCAGGUUGAACUUUUACAAAAUGGUCCAACGUUCAUAAAAUGAAUGGAAAUAUUUGCCAUUUAUAUUUAACCUAGUCUUAGUGGUUACAGUGAGGGUAAGGUAGUCAUUUUACAUGUAAUUAAGUGGAAAAAUGUAAACAGGAUUUCUAUUUUGUAUGAAUUUUUCACAAAAUUAAAAGAUUGUUGAAAAGAGUUAGUUUUUGUGAAAUCUCACAAACACUUCAUCUUUUCAAACUAUAACCUUUUAGUUUUACAAGUUAUAUGUACAAACUGUGGAUUCAUUGAUUUUCAUUGAUAAAGUUUUUCAUGGAUCGAGGUUAAAUUGUAUUUUCUUGCUGGUUUUUCCAAAGUCAGCAUACAAGCCUUUAGAAAAUGUUGACAUCAUGGAACAUUUAAAUUUGUGGUCGACCUUUGCCUAUGAAAACAACAAAAAUUGUAAUGAAUCCACACUCCACAGUACUAGUAUAUUAAAUUGUCAAUAUUAUCACUUGUUUGUCUUUUUUAAUUUUUUUAUGUUUUAAAGUUGUUGGGGCUUGAGAGAAAUAUGAAUUCAUUCGAUAUAAAAUGGAAAUUAAAUUUUGGCCACAUCUUUUUCACCAAAUUUUUUUUUUUAAUUUUUAGAAAUAAUAUUCAUUACAUUUAAAGAAAUGGUCAAAAAAUUUGUGAGUUUUUUAUUCUUGAUUUUAAAAAAGUUUUCUAUAUCUUGAAAUAUUUGUUAUAUGUAAGAUAGAGAAAUACUUUGUAGCUGUGCAAUAUAUCAUAUGUGAAUGCAAUUUUUUUUUAUGGUUUUUAUACGACCGCAAAAAAAUUUUGCGGUCGUAUAUUAGUAUGAUGUUGGCUUCGUUGUCGUCGUCUGAAGACACAUUGGUUUUCGCACUCUAACUUUAGUUGAAGUGAAUGGAUCUCUAUGAAAUUUUACCAUAAGGUUCAAUAACACAAAAGGAAGGUUGGGAUUGAUUUUGGGGGUUAUGGUACCAACAGUUAAGGAAUUAGGGGCCAAAAAGGGGCCAAAAAUAAGCAUUUUUGUAACUUCCAGACAUAACUUAUGUGUUAGUUUAUGGAUCUCUCUGACACCGUACCACAAGGUUCCAUAUCACAAAGGGAAUGCUGGGACUGAUUUUGGGGGUAAUUGCCUCAAAAUUUUAGGAAUUAGGGGCCAAAAAAGGGGCAAAAAACCAUCAUUUUUCUAGUUUCAUGACAAUAACUUGUGUGUAAGUGUAUGGAUCUUUCUGAAAUUGUACUACAAGGUUCCAUAUCACAAAGGGAAAGCUGGAAUUGAGUUUGGGGUAAUUGCCCAAAAUGUUUAGGAAUAAGGGGCCAAAAAGGGGCCAAAAAUAAGCAUUUUUCUAGUUUCCAGACAAUAACUUGUGUUCAAGUGUAUGGAUCUCUCUGAAAUUGUACUGCAAGGUACCAUACCACAAAGGGAAUGCUGGGAUUGAGUUUGGGGGUGAUGAAUCCUAAGGGGGUUCAAAAACUUAAGGGGAGGGAUUUUUUUUUCCUUUUUUUCCUUUUUUUUUCUUUAAAAUUUUCCAUUUUAAAUUGGUUUUUUCUGAUUUAUAUAUAAAAGCAAAUAAUAAUGAUAUGGUUUGAAUAGGUAAAUUAAAAUUUUUUAAAUUCUUAGACCACAUUCAUUCUGUGUCAAAUAUUUAAUCACAAUCCAAAUUCAGUGCUGUAUCAAGCUUGAAUGUUGUGUCCAUACUUGCCCCAACUGUUCAGGGUUCGACCUCUGCGGUCGUAUCAAGCUGCGCCCAGCAGAGCAUUUUAUUGAAAUAUAGUGUCAGUAGUUUCUAUGCAACAAUGUCUACUAGAGACAUCUAGUAAAACAACAUAAGUAAAAUUUUACUUGAGAAUCAAACUUAAUCAGGCUUGCUUAUAUUGCAAUGAUAAUGGGGGAUUGAAAAUAUUUUGUAGUUCAAGUUUUUUCUGCUAAAUGGGAGACAACUCCAAAUGUGGACCAUGUUCCAUGGCCUACUGUGGAUUUUUUUAUUUUCUUUUGGGACCAAUUUUCAUGGAAAGAGGAAACAUUGCAUUUCAUGGAUAUUUGAUUUCAUGGUUUCAUGCCAGAGUCUGCAUGCAAACCUAUAAAAAAUUUGUUCUUCGUUGAACAUUUAAAUUCAUGGUUCACCUAUACCUAUGAAAUCCACAAAAAAUGAUAUCCCACAAAUAAUGAAUAAUAAAUCUACAGUAGUACAAAUACAUGAGAAGAAUGUCUGGUUAGUCUAGUUCUUAGGUAAGAUAUGUCUUAUGUAGAACAUGUGUUGCUUUCUGGAUGGUUUAUAGUGAUAUAUAUAUUUUCUCCACUAGAAAAUUAGUUUUGUAUAAAUAUAAUUGUUUUGAUCUCAAUAUUUAAUUUCUUUAGUACUUAAAAUAAUUGCCAUUUUAAAUCAUGAUAUUUUUCAUUUUAAGGAGCAUGGAUGUGUGAUAUGCAUUGUCAGAAAAUUAGAUUGAAAAUAAGAAAAAUAUAUUUAAAUGUGAAUUUUCGCUAAUUUGUUUGACAUCUUUCAUUGGAGAUGAUUUUUUUUGGCACAAUUUCUGUCUCUUUUCCAUAUUAAGGUAGUAUGGGAGAAUUAACUUGGAUCACAAAUGAUUGCAAAUGAUCAGUCUGGGAUUUUUUAUUGAAAUUUGCAAAUUUGGAAGCAGAAAUGCAAUUUAUAUUUGGCCUCUUUUUUAAAAUUAAGAAAUUUAUGUGAUUUCAUCUUUGAUAUGGUAAUGGUAAUAAUUGUCUUAAUAUAAACAAUAUUUUCAAUUGAUUUGAUUAAGAAAAAUUUAACACUAUAAGGAAUGCUAGUUCAGAUAAUUUAGUUUUAUAAAAUAACACUCGUUUCAUAGUACAGUAACCAGUGUUAAGUUUUGAUGCUUUAUACUCAAGGGUUUGCAGUAACUAUAUGUCAUAUGUGCUUUAGAAUUAAUUAUUAUAAUGUGUACACGUCCAUUUAUCUCUACCUCAUUUUCAUAUGUUCAGUUUUUGUGCUAUUAAAGGUCAGUUUGUUUAUUACUGUAUGUAGCAGGACUUCUAUAAUAGGUUCAUUGAAACUUGUUAUCAAAUGGCAAAAUCAAAAGCUCAAACACAUCAAACGAAUGGAAAAUAUGACCUUUAUCACCUCUUUGUUGUUCCAUGACCAAUGUUAAGUUUUUGUGCUAAGGUUAGUUUGUCACUAUAGUAUAUGUACCAGGUCUACUAUUUUUCGUUUAUGGAAGCAUUGUAAGGUGUAAAUGUCCAUCUGAAAGGACUCAUUUAACUUGAAUGACAUUUUCAUUGUUCCAUGACGAAUGUUUAGUUUUUGUGAUGAGGUCGCUUUGUCAGAACACUGAAUGUGAAAAUAUAUUUUUAGGAAUUUAAUGUGCCAUUCUGGUUGUUGUCUCAAUAAUGUAUACCCACAUUUAUAAGCCUAGCAGUUUUUAUGAUUUUAUUUACUUUAAUUCAUGAUCCAAAUGGGUUGUAUUAAGGAUACCAUCUUGAAGAAUAAAUUUUAGAAUUCAAUCUUUAUUAUAGGAUGCAUUUCAUGAUAAAUGCAGUAAAAUGGUAAAAAAAAUGUUUUAAUGGGACAAUUAAAAAACUCAAAGCAUAAUUUUUUUAAAAGAAACACUGCAGUUUCAUCAACAUAUAAGUUAUCAAAAAUUUAUCAGACAGUUUAAAACCUCUUCAAAUACAAUCUAAGUUAAAGAAAUUGUUUGUUUUCAAAAAUGCAUUACUAAUUUAAGAAUUGAUUUUUCCAAAUUUUUCCCUUCUUUCUUCCUGGUGCUGUCUGCUGAAGAUUUGUAGUUGUGCUUUUUUGAGUGUUCUGUUAUAGAGGCCAGUUUCAGAUUAAUUGUAUGUUACUGUUUAUUUGUUAGCUUUUCAUUACCAUAAAAAAUGUUCAUGUUAUAUUUGUAAGAAGACAACAAUUUUAAGUUAUAUAUUGUGCUUGAUUCUUUUUAUAUUUGUUAUUUUGACAAUAAAAUAAAUUUAUAAAAAAAAAUUUGACCAAAAUGUAAAGGUUUUUAUUACUUUUUUUACAUUAUAAAAUCUACAAUAUUAUGUUAAAGGACAAUUCAUAUGGGAUAGGACAUUUAUAUUUUGCCCAAAAUAUGACAAAAAUUAUAUGAUAAGUUCCCAUAUCUGAAUUGUAAUUGGAAAUAAUUCAUCAACAUAUUUGCAUAAAAAUGUGAAAAAGUUUUUUUUUAAGAAAAAAUAAUUUCAUAUGUCAUUGUUAAGAUCACAUGAUUUAUAGAGAUCACGAGCUUGUUUAUUUUUUGAAUAAUUUUCAUGCAUAUAUUUUUUAGACUGUUACCUAAUGUGUGAAUCAUCUGCAUAUGUUGUAGUACAAAUGUAUAUAGAAAAUAUCAUGAUUUUUGUAACUUUUAUUUUGUUGUUGGUCAGUAACUGUGACAACAUUUUUCUACUGCAAAUUUUUUUUAAAUCUGUGGCAAAAAAGGAAAUUUUUCAUGAAGUUUUUAGGCUUUUAUAAAUUCCUAAGAAUUCUGGCUUUUUUCAAAGAUACAUAAAUUUAGAAAAUGCCUCCAAUAUGAAGUUUUAAUCUGAAAGGAAUAUGUGAUCUUUGUGAAGAUUAAUAGUUAUAGUCUCACAUAUUGUAAUAUUAUAAUGCAAAAAUUGUGGAGUAGAGGUCCAUAAGAUAAAUUACUGUGGAACAACAAGCAAAAGCAAAUUUUUUAUGUUGAUAUUAUAUAUUUAAAAGUUGUCUUUCUUUAAACAGUAUAGACUUACAUGUUUUCCUGAUAUGCUUCUUAGUAUGGUCACAAAAAAGAAAGGGUAUAUAUUUUAACUCUGAAUGUUAAUGCAUUCUGCUUGCUGAUUUUUUAAUUCGUAUGAUUAGUUGUUUUGUGCUAUCUGUAUAUGAGGUAAUGAUAAUGAUGAUGGUUGUUACGUUUGCAUUUCGUGUUUCAAAUAUAAUUACAAAAUGCCAUUAAAUAGAUUUUUUUAACUGAAA